GACAAGUGGUCUAUUUAAAACCUCAAUCCUGGCAUUGUUGGCCGUUCCGUUCAUUCAUACAUUCAUUCAUUCAUUCAUUCAACCAAGUCAUUCCUUCUCACGAGAGGCCCUCAAUAUCCUCUCUUUUGGCACCAAGACACGAUCAGAUUAUACGAAAAGCUGACUCUAUCAUCAUCAUGAAGCAAUCAGUUUUCAUGGCUUUGGCCGGCCCACUGGCGGCCAUGGUCGACGCCCACUCCAUCUUCAGCACUCUCUUCGUGGAUGAUGUAUCUCAGGGCGAUGCUACUUGCGUUCGAAUGAAUCCCGAUUCCGACCAGGCCACGGCCCCUGUUAUUGAUCUCGCAAGCGACGACAUGGCCUGCGGCUUUGGCGGGCAAACCGCUGUCGAAUACACCUGCCCAGCAUCGGCAGGCAGCAAGCUGACUUUCGAGUGGCGUUUGUAUGCCGAUGGCUCGCAGUCAGGCUCGAUAGACGCCAACCACAAGGGCCCGUGUGCGGUAUAUGCCAAGAAGGUUGACAACAUGGCGACUGACUCUGCUGCGGGGGCCGGGUGGUUCAAGCUAUGGGAUGAAGGCUACAACGAAGAUACCGGCAAAUGGUGCACUGAGAAUUUGAUCGAGAACAACGGCCUGAUGUCGAUUGUGAUCCCUCCUGGUCUGCCUGGGGGCAACUACCUCUUUCGCCCCGAGCUGCUCGCCUUGCAUGCCGUAGCCGACUUGCACCAACCUCAGUGGUAUACUGGAUGCGCACAGAUAUUUGUCGACAGCAGCAACACGGAAGCUCUGGAAGUGCCGGAAGAGUACAGCACAUCCAUCCCGGGCUAUACUACUGCCGACAAUGCUAGCCUCACUCUCAACAUCUGGACCACAUUUCCUCUACCUUACUACGUACCCGGCCCUCACACCUACAUCGUCCCUUCGACUUACGCAAACACGGGUGGAGAUGCUUUGGUUCAAACCGAAGGUGUAAUCCCUGAGGAUUGCCUCAUCAAGAACGGCAACUGGUGCGGGGCCGAAGUGUCUUCGUACACCACCCAAGACGGCUGCUACAGCGCCUCGGAGGAGUGCUAUAGCCAAGGCCAAACGUGCUACGAUACGGCCCCGCCAACAGGUAACAAGAAUUGCGAGACCUGGGAGAACAAGUGCAAGGCUAUCCAGGAUCAAUGCGAUGCCGGAAACUGGAACGGACCGCCCGACAAGGGAGUGAAGCUCACCGAUGCAUACCCGUCAAUCACUGUGGCCAUCCCCGCCGCGCUGAAUGCCGACUACUAUUCGGGCAGCGACAGUGACAGCAGCGACAACGACAGCAGUGACACGCAGGCAACGGCAGAAGCGUCAAGCCUUGUAGGUAGUUCACGUGCCUGGGAAACUAGAGUGAUACCUUUACUUUUUCUUCGGGGAAUAUCGUGACAGAAAAUAUUGAAACGGCAUGACUUUAUGAUGAGCCAAUAUCAGGGCUUUUUUUUUCUCACAUGCGUUUUGGCUCCAGCAGCCAAUUCAGCUGUAUACAGAUUUGGUUAACACUUUUACUUCAU